AUGUACAGAAGAAUUACGCGAUGCUUAUUAAAUAGAAAAAGCGAUAAGAAAAUUGAUAAAAAGAAGGCUAAGGACAAAUUAACUGAUAUAAAUAAUUCAGUUAAUAUAAAUGAUGAAAUCACCGCAAAAAAUGCCAGUAUUUUCACGUUCUCAAAUAAUAAUAAUGACAAUAUUCAUGGUAAUAGCAUUGCAAGUACAAGUGCACAAUAUCUAACUUUUGAGACUAUUGAGAAUGAAAAGCCAAUGAGGAAAAAGAAAUUAUUAGAAAAAGAGUAUGAAACGAGGAGUGAUGCGUUUCAAUGGGAUGAUAGAUCCAAGAGAGAUCAAAAAGACAGAUAUAUGCCUCAUCAAGAAAGUUACUCCAAUUCUCCAAACACCGGAAACUUGAGAUAUGAUACGAGCAAUCAUAAUAACUUUCUUAUUAGUAUAAGUGCUGACAUUCUUCCAAUCAGACUCAUCGGUACUACAGAUGUAAUUGUAGUAGACAGGUUUUCCGUCUCCUCCAGGAUCCCACAGAACCAUAUUCGGGUCCUUUUUGAGCUCAAGAAAUCUGUAAAUGAUGGACAUUUAUACCAAGCCUUGGCAGAACUGACUGCCGGUGAUUUAAAAUCAACACAUGCUGUUUUAGCUGUACUAACAUAUUUACGAGAUGAUUGGCAGUUUUUUUAUUUUAAUGACAAAAGGAUCGCACUUAUACAAAUAAAUAUGAAAUCUGCUAAUCAAGAACUAAACCAUGAGACAGAAGUAACGGAUCCAUUGCCAAAAAGGCAGAAGCUUAAACAUAUAUAUGGCUAUUGGAUAAUGCACUUGAAUCACCUAUUUAUAAGAAGAAUUGCUUAA